UAACAACUCCCAUCAUUGACCAAGUGAAUAAGUGAUACUUAACUUUAUGUAGUGUGAUCUUAAAAGCAGGUUUGGGCCUCAUCUAAACUCUUGUGUAACAAUUGACAAAAUGUCGGUAGUGUUAGAUUCUGAUUUCUGAGUGAAUGAUUGGAAACCAAGAAUGGCCUGAAUCUGACAGAGAAUGAAGAACCUGGGAUAUUGUUCAUCCUCAAAAACAACAAUCGUUAUCUUCAUUCAUGUGGUAACAAUACUUGUCACUCAAUAUCUCACCGAACGCGCAGAAGCCUUUGACCCUCUUAUCCAGCUGCCACGUUCCACCUUUACCAGAACCAGAACCCGAACUCGACCCAGAUCUCGACGGGUCAUUUCUGUCGUUGAUUUUGCUGCUAAAGGGGAUGGCCUUCAUAAUGACACCCAGUCAUUCCUAGAAGCUUGGAAAACUGCUUGUUCUUUCCCUGGGUUUGCGAAUGUUGAUGUUCCAUACGGGAAAACUUUUCUUAUCUAUCCAGUUGACAUUGCUGGGCAUUGUAAAUCAAAGAUCACAUUAAGGGUAUGCACAAAUAAAGAAUCAAAUCUCUCGUAUACACAUGUAAAUCUUAGCAUCUGCAUUGACUAUACACACACUUAUGUAAAACUUUUUAUCUACUUGAUGUUCUUAAAGAUUUUAGGUACAAUAGUAGCUCCAAAAGACCCUGCAGUAUGGAAUGGCUUAAAUCAGCGCAAGUGGCUUUACUUCCAUGGGGUGAAUCACCUUACUGUAGAAGGUGGUGGAAGCAUCAAUGGAAUGGGACAUGAAUGGUGGGCCAGAUCAUGCAAGACCAACUCCACAAUUCCAUGCCAUCCUGCUCCAACGGCCCUCACUUUUCAUAAAUGCAAGAACCUGAAAGUGAAGAACCUUACCCUGUUAAAUAGCCAGCAAAUGCACUUGGCAUUCACUAGUUGCAUGCGGGUUGUUGCAUCCCAUCUUAGAGUGUUAGCACCUCCUUCAAGCCCUAAUACCGAUGGAGUCCACAUUAGCGUAUGUAAGGGUGUUGAGGUCAGAGAUACCCUAAUUAGAACAGGAGAUGACUGCAUCUCAAUAGUCCGAAAUUCUUCACGGGUGUGGAUCAGAAACAUUACAUGUGGUCCAGGCCAUGGCAUCAGUAUUGGAAGCUUGGGAAAAUCAAAUGUAUGGGAGAAGGCGCAAGAUAUAUACGUUAAUGGAGCUUACCUUUCCAACACUGACAAUGGGGUGAGAAUCAAAACAUGGCAGGGUGGGGCAGGUUUUGCGUCGAAGAUCACGUUUCAGAAUAUUCUUAUGGAAAAUGUGUCAAACCCAAUAAUAAUAGACCAAUACUACUGUGAUUCCCCAAAACCAUGUAAGAAUCAGACUUCAGCCGUCAAAGUAGAGAGCAUAUCCUUCAUUAAUGUUCAGGGAACUUCAGCCACCAAAGAAGCAAUUAAGUUUGCUUGCAGUGAUACAUCUCCAUGUGAAGGAUUAUAUCUGGAAAAUAUUUCUAUUGUAUCAGCAUCAUGCUCCUUCAUAGGAAACACAUCAUCUUACUGCUGGCAAGCUUAUGGCUCUACUCAGGGUUUUGUGUACCCUCCUUCCUGUUUGUUAAGCAAUGACAAUUUCAUUAAACAGAGAGUGUCGUUAGGAUCAAAACCUGCUGCUGAAUCAAUCUGAACUUUACUCGAGUACACGAUUUCGCAGACAAUGAUGAAUAUUAUAGAGAAUCCACAGAAGUUACAUUUCCAUCGAUGAUUAUUCUCCUUAGUGUCUGUUCUUUUCGUUUUGGUAAAUUCCAACAAUCUGUUUGUUAUGUC